AAUAAUUAAGAAAUACAUAUCUAGGGUUUUCUCUCGCGCUCACUAUAUAAAGCUGGACAACCCCUGAAUUCUUGAAAUUUAGCUGCAGGGCCAGAGGAAGCGCUCCACCAUCCGUUCUGCUCGCCGCCGCUGCUGUAAAACAUGGUUAAGCACAACAAUGUUGUGCCCAAUGGGCACUUCAGGAAACACUGGCAGAACUAUGUCAAAACUUGGUUCAACCAACCUGCCCGCAAGACCAGGAGAAGAAUUGCAAGACAGAAGAAAGCUGUGAAGAUAUUCCCUAGGCCCACAGCUGGGCCCCUUCGUCCAAUUGUCCACGGGCAGACGCUAAAGUACAACAUGAAGGUCAGAGCUGGUAGGGGGUUCUCACUGGAGGAGCUAAAGGCUGCAGGCAUCCCAAAGAAACUUGCCCCAACCAUUGGUAUCUCUGUUGAUCACCGACGCAGAAACCGAUCCUUGGAAGGUUUUCAGACUAAUGUUCAGAGGCUGAAGACGUACAAGGCCAAGCUUGUUGUCUUCCCAAGACGUGUCCGCAAAUUCAAGGCUGGUGAUUCGACUGCUGAGGAAUUGGCAACAGCCACGCAAGUUUCUGGUCCUUACUUGCCAAUUGUACGUGAGAAGCCAACUGUUGAGCUGGUUAAGGUAACAGAUGAGAUGAAAUCAUUCAAGGCGUAUAACAAGCUGCGCCUGGAGAGGACGAACGAGCGCCACGUUGGUGUUAGGGCUAAGAGAGCAGCUGAGGCUGAGAAGGAAGAGAAGAAAUAGUCAUAAGGGAGUGAGUUUUCAGUCUUUGCAACUGUUCAAUCUGUUUUGUUUGUUUUUUGUUCUAAACCAGUUAUCUGAAUUUUGUCUGAAAGACUAGUACCAGCAAAAUUAUAUAACAGUUCAGUGUUAUCUGAGAUACAGCAAUCUCUUUGUCAUUUUUGUAUGGAGAUUAAGCUUUUCCCCAAGCAUGUUUCUGGUGUUGUCAUGGCAAUUGCCAUGGAUGCCGCCUGAUGCCAUUGACUUGUUGCUGUAAUGCUGUUCCUUAAAUUUGAUCCUUUUGCUGUUAGCAAUA